AAUAGCUAAAAAUUGGAAAAAAAUAUGCAGUCUUUGGUUGAGAAGGGCUACGAACUUGUCUCUGGCGGUACUGAGAACCAUUUAGUUUUGGUGAAUUUGAAGAACAAGGGUAUUGACGGCUCCAGGGUUGAAAAGGUGUUAGAAGCUGUUCACAUUGCAGCCAACAAGAACACUGUUCCUGGAGAUGUGUCUGCCAUGGUUCCUGGUGGCAUCAGGAUGGGAACCCCGGCUCUUACUUCUAGGGGAUUUGUUGAGGAGGAUUUCGCUAAAGUUGCAGAUUUUUUUGAUGCUGCUGUGAAGUUGGCGGUGAAGAUCAAGGGGGAAGCCCAAGGAACAAAGUUGAAGGACUUUGUGGCCGCACUGCCCGCCCCUCACUUCCAAUCUGAAAUUGCAAAGCUCCGACAUGAUGUUGAGGAGUAUGCUAAGCAAUUUCCCACAAUUGGGUUUGAGAAGGAAACCUUGAAGUACAAGAACUGAAGAACAAUGUUAGG